UUUUUUUUUCGAAUACAAUCCACAAACAAUAGCCAUAGUGUUGUGAACAGUGUACGGCAGCGUAUUUGAAAUACGUAUUAUAAGACCUUUCAACCUCGCGUAUCGUUUAGGUGCUAAAACUGUCGAUAAUAAUUUUGAAUCAAAAUGUUUUUAAAAUUUAACGCUAUCUGGUGACGCAACUGGAAGAUAAAGUUAAAUGUUACCAGAAGACAUAACAGUAUACAUGUUUUACCAAAAGUGGUGGCGUUAAAACAAGGAAAAAUGGAUUUAUGUGCAAUUUUUUUUGUAAUUUCUCUAUGCAAACUGUCAACAUCAAUACCAUCAUCCAGACCAGAGAAUACUACGGAGGUUUUAGAAACUACGACACAGAUGCCAUGUUUCAUAAUCGAAAUGGGAAAAUCUUUGACGUCGAUUCCGAGAGGUGCACCGCACGUUAAAGCAGUUAACUAUGGUUACAAUAUUUUCUACAGCCUGCCUCAGUACGCUUUUUCAUUCAACAAUUUCGUGCUACUAGAAAGAAUCCAAUUACAUCAUAAUCAAUUAACCAGCAUUCAUCGGAAGGCUUUUAGACAAUUAGAUCAAUUGAAAUCGGUGGAUCUGUCCGGGAAUAACCUCACAACAUUAGACUUAUACACGUUCAAAACUAAUACGAAUUUGGAAAAAUUAGAUCUGACUUCGAAUAAAAUCCGUUUUAGAAACAAACCCUUCCUAUAUUCUACAUCUUUAGUAACAUUAAUUUUGAGUGAUAAUAGAAUAGAACAAAUUUUCGUAAAUAAUUUUAGUAAAUUACCAAAAUUGAGAAAUUUAGUUUUAAAUUCCAACGUAAUUUUUUUUAUAGCCGACUGCAGUUUCGCGCCAUUGAAAGAUCUUGUAUAUUUAUCAUUAGCGCAUACAGGUGUCUACAGAUUAAGUACGGAGAUGUUCUCAAACAGUAGCUACCCCAGAAUAAUCGACGUCACGGAUUCCCCAUUAGCUACUAAAUUUAAUCCGCCAUUGAGAAAAGUUAAAAACGAAGGUGUGAGAGAUUUGAUUAAUAUCGAUAAAUAUUUUUGACAUAUUAUAGUACAAGUCUUCAUAUUGAAGAUUAUUGGGACUAUUAUGUUUUCCAGACAAUGUGGUACCAUUGUCAACGACUGAAUAUGUUUUUGUAAUGCCUCAGAAAGAGUAUUAAUUGAAUAUUUAAACGAAUGGAGAAAAUGUAUGUUUGUACUUGUUGAUUUUUUUAUAUUUAUGUAUAAAAAGGAAAAAGAAUAUAAUAAAAAACUCGCAGAUGCGUUGGUGAAGAAAUACUAAGACUGGGUGCUUUCAAAGUAAUCUAAAAGAUUCACCAAAAAAAAUCCUCGAAGAAUUGUAUUUAACAAAUGAACUUUGAAGCGGAAGAUUUCUAGUUAGAUAAUUUUUUGUUCUUAGUAACACUACAGAUUUUCAAAAAUUGUCGUUUCAUACAUUAAGAUCUACAAUUAAAUUCUACAGUUUUAACUAUAGUCUACAGCAAAUGUUCGGAUCCAUUUGGAAACAUAAAUAGGUAGAAAUUUAUUUCCAUUCUCUUAUAAAUUAUACAUUUCAAUAAAAAGUUUUUACAUCAACAUAUUAAUUUAGAAAGACACUUGAUCACACCACGUGAAGAAGUUAUUAUACCAGUAUUUUCUCAUACUGUCCCUUUUUUACAAACUUAUUUACAAUCUCUUCUACAAUAGGUAUAGUGAGUGAUAUUUCUUCUCUAUUUACCUCUAUCUUGCACUCCCUGUUUAGCUCAUCUCUAUUCAGUCUUCUUUUCUCCAGGUUUUUUGCUAUUUCUUCAUUACAUUCCCUUCUGGCUCUGCCCUUUCUCUUUUUUUUAUUGGACUAUUUUGUCCUCCUUCAUUUUCACUUUAUGUCUAAACCAAUCCAAACUGAUGUUGUUCGAUUUUUUGCACCAUACUCACCACGUUUAGUAUCUUCAUUUCACAUGUCGUUAUCGUUUGCUUAAAUUUACUGGUUAGAGCCUAGGAUUCGCAACCAUAAAUCAGCAUUGGUAGCAUUUUUGUACGUUAUGUUAUUAGCUGAAGAAUACUCUGUACAUAGCUCCAUAUAUAGAUAUUAUUUUAUUUACCAUAUCGACUACAUCUUCGUCUAUUUCAUCUGGACUGAUGAUUAUCCCUAGAUACUUUAUCUUGUUUACGCAAUUCUUGUAUUUGCACAGUUAUUUUCUUCCAUAUUAGUUCCAAAUCUAUAUUUUCCCAUUCCCAUUCCCAUUGUCUUCCCAUGACGUAGUUUCCUAAAAUCCCUUUCUUAUGGGGAUAUUACCUUUUUAUGGGGAUUAUGUUAACAUAAAAAACUUUUGUUUGAUAAAAUCCUGUAGCUUCUACGAGGACACAUCCACACUUCUGCAGAUUUCCUAUCUAAAGCAUUUUUUCGUGGGUUUGUAUAGGAAUUCCGUUCUAAAUCUUCACUCUGCAUUAUCUGCUUUACCCAGCCUUUUUAGUAGUUCCUGUGAAAGCGAUGAAAAGAUAUCAUAUUUUCGUUAAGAAUCAAAUAUCUCUUGUUUUGCAAUCAAACUUUUUUUUGUUACUUGAAAGUUUCUGAUCCACUGAAAGGUUUUUUUGCUUCUUUGUAUGUUGACCAAAGUCACUGCAAUCAUUUGAUUCUGGACGCGAACAACUCCCGCAUGGAUUACGGAUUGGGUAUUUAAAGAAUGAAGUGAAGAUUGGAAAUCAGUUAUUUACAUCUAAAACUGUCAUGUGUGAAUGGAAAUGAGAAAAAAAUAAUAAUUAAUACACCAUCAAAUUACAAAAUGAAAUUGACAGUAAAGCUUCUGUAUACCUAUAAUAUUAGUUAUUACGACGCAUAUAAAAAACCUGCGGAUUUCACAUGAUAAAAACUAUUUUGCAUGCAUAAUGUACUUUUGUCAUAUCCUCUAUCGUCCAUAAUGUGAAUAUUGAAACGAGUUUUGCAUGUUAUUAAUUAUUCUGCUACUUCCUGUUGAGAUGUAAACACCUCUUGCUUAUCUAAUAACGCUAAGUAAGAUUUUUGAUGAAUACUAUAAUUUAUGAGUUGAUUUAUUGUUUUAGUUUCAUAUUUUUUUGCAAAAAUUUACCGGAAAUUGAAUGUUUUAUAUAAUUUGAAUGUGAACUAUUACCCAAAAUACAUAAGAAAGGACUAAUAAACUGUUUCUUUUUGAAUAGAGAAAUAUUUUACAACAUCUUCUGUCAACAGAUUUUCUUUCACAGUUAAAAGUUUAUUUAUGUAGUAGUCAGUCAGAAACAUUAAAUGAUUUGUCACGUUUAGUUUUAGAAAUACUUAUUCAACAAUGAAAUAAUCAAAAAUGACAAAUUUUGAACUUCUUUCUAUAGUUUUCCAGAUCAUUUUUCCAUGCCGAUUAAGAUACCUCCAAAACAUGUAAUUUCUAGGCAUCAUUCGCUUCUUCAGGUGUAGAAAAACUUUUUUAUUUUAUUUUUGAACUGAUGUGUGAUAGAUCGCAUUGUCGUAGUGGAAAAUGAUUCGUCUCCUGCGAUUGGUAUCCCUGAUUCUUCUGCUAAGCAGAUGUCGGUGUACUAUCCAGAAUUAACCGUGCUCCAACCACUUUUGUAUGAUUUAGCUCGUCUUGAAAGAUCCAUCAUUUUGCCAUUGAACAUGUAUGGGAUAUUAUUAAAAGGAAACUGUCCAGUUUAUGCGACACUGUACAGAUUUUGGCGCAAAUUAUUCCAAGAAGCUAAAGAGCUACAAUCAGACAUACAAGAUUUUGUUUUAUUGGUACCUAGGCUUGUCCAAGGAUUGCUUUCUUUUUAGAACACAUAUUGAUAAAAUUCUGAUUAUAAACAGCGGGUGUAUAGUCGUGAGACAUACACAAAAUAUGAGAUACUGAACGAAUUAUCUAAAUAUACUGAAUGUUUAUCAUAAAAUUAGUUCUACAAAAAACGAGGAGACCGCUUAUUUGAUUCCUUGAUUCGUUGUAUUGCAAGCAAUAAAUUAUAUCUUUUAUAGUAUGCUCAAAUUGUAAUAACAUGCUUCACUGUGAUAUUAAGUUGAUGUUUUCCUAGGUAUACAUUUUAGGCUUUCCACCUACAGCACAGCUUGUGAAAUUUCAAAUUACCGCGCAAUAUACAAGGAUGGUUCAGAAAUAAACCAGAAUUUUGCUAUAAAAAAUUUCAUUAUUAAGUUACAAAUAUGAAAUUCUUUAGAGUUUUUCUUAAUAGUCACAGUUUACACACUUUUUCCACUUUUCAGGAAACUAUAUGAUCCUUUUUCAUAAAUAUUUCUCGGUUAGUCACGUUACCAUUCGCGCACGAAGGAUUCUACUUUGGCACUGCUUUCGAAUUGCAGUUUCAAUGGACCAAAUAAAUAAUAGUGACAUGGCCAUAAAUCGGGACUAUAAGAAGGGUGUUCUUCGCAUUUAGUACCGCUUCAAUUUUCCAAAAUUAGUUUUUCUGCAGCGUUUUCGUUCUCAUUGGAAACAAUUGUUUUGGUUUGCAUCGAGUACAGCCAUUAUUUAUUUGAACCACUCUCGUAAAUUGCUUUAUAACUUGAUUACCUAGUACCAUAAUGGUUUAUUACAAUUUGAGCUGCUAAAUACAGUUAACAAUGUUCCUAAAUAUAUUCUCAAAAAAGUAAAAUAUAUCAAACUCCAAUCCGGUUGUACCCUUUCAUAUUUGAAUCAAAUGUAUGUUUCGGAUCGAUUUCAAACUAGUGUAAUAACAAAUAAUCAACCUUUAAUCGCUUAGAUUUUAUUUAUCUGCCACCUAGUGGAACUUUUAAAGAUUAUUAAAGAACAAACCAGGUUGUAAAAUGAUUAUUGCGCAUGAUUUUUACAAUUAAAACAAUCUGAACUGUUUCUGUUUCAGAUCACUAUUUGAGGAUAAACUGCUUAUUGCAUGUUUGGUUUGUUAGACUAUUUAUAUUUUUCAACUUGGUUAAAUGUUUGUUAAAAUUCGAUAUGUUUUACUUUUUAUUUAUACCUUUUAAUUAAUCUAAUCUUAUAUGUACGAAUGUACCUGAUUAAUUAACUAUUUUUUAAUAAAUAUAUAUAUAAGAAUUU